CCCCUUGGGCAGGGCGGGGACGUUUCCCAGCGCAGCUUCCUCAGCCCCCAGGGACACCACGUGCUGCUGGAGAUCGGGCCCAGGCUGGGGGUGUGCACACCCCUGUCCACCAAUGCUGUGUCCCUGUGCCACGCGGCCGGGCUGAGCCGGGUGCAGCGUCUGGAGAGAUCCCGCAGGAUCCUGCUGCAGCUGUCGUCCCCGGUGUCCCCGGACGCCCGUGUCCGUCUGUCCCGCGCUCUCCGUGACCCGGUGACAGAGCAGGAGUACCCCGAGCCCUUGGGGACCUUCGAUGUCCCCUCUGUGCCCGUCCCUGUCACCACCAUCGACGUGCUGGGCCGGGGACAGAGAGCCCUGAGGGAGGCGGACGCUGAGCUGGGCCUGGCCUUUGACUCGUGGGAUCUGGAAUUUUACACUCAGCUUUUCCAAAAAGCCGGGAGGAACCCGACCUCCGUGGAGCUCUUUGACCUGGCCCAGAGCAACAGCGAGCACAGCCGCCAUUGGUUCUUCCGCGGUCACGUGACCAUUGAUGGCCGGCCGGUGGGCGUGUCCCUGUUCCGCUCCCUGAUGGACACCCAGAGCUCCUCCCACCCCAACAACGUCAUCAAGUUCUGCGACAACAGCAGCGCCAUCCGCGGCGUCCCCGUGGCCGCGCUGUGGCCGCAGAGCCCGGCCGGGCCCGGCCCCUACGAGAGGAGAACGAGCGUCCGGCACGUGACCUUCACUGCCGAGACACACAACUUCCCCACCGCCGUGGCCCCGUUCAGCGGCGCCACCACCGGCACCGGGGGCCGGAUCCGGGACGUUCAGAGCACGGGCAGGGGAGCGCACGUGAUCGCGGGCACGGCCGGCUACUGCUUCGGGAACCUGCUCAUUCCGGGCUACGAGCAGCCGUGGGAGGAUCCCCUCUCCCCGUACCCCUCGGCCUUUGCGCGGCCGCUCGAGGUCGCGCUCGGCGCCAGCGACGGCGCCUCCGACUACGGCAACAAAUUCGGGGAGCCCCUGCUGGCAGGGUUCGCCCGCUCCUUCGGGCAGGUCCUGCCCGGGGGGCAGCGCCGGGAGUGGAUCAAACCCAUCAUGUUCAGCGGGGGAAUCGGAGCCCUGGAGGACGAACACGUCAAAAAGGAAACCCCGGAGCCGGGGAUGUUGGUGGUGAAGUUGGGCGGCCCCGUCUACAGGAUCGGCGUGGGGGGAGGGGCGGCCUCGUCCAUCCAGGUUCAGGGUGACAAUGAAGCCGAGCGGGAUUUGGGGGCCGUCCAGCGCGGGGACCCCGAGAUGGAGCAGAAGCUGAACCGGGUCCUGCGGGGCUGCAUCGAGAGCGGGAGCGGCAACCCCGUGAGCUCCAUCCAUGACCAGGGGGGGGCUGGGGGGAACGGCAAUGUCCUCAAGGAGAUCUCGGAGCCGGCCGGGGCCGUCAUCUACGCCAGCCGCUUCCAGCUGGGUGACCCCACCCUGAGCAUCCUGGAGCUCUGGGGUGCCGAGUACCAGGAGUCCAACGCGCUGCUGGUGCGGCCGGAGGCGCUGGCGCUGCUGCGGCGGCUGGCGGAGAGAGAGAGGUGUCCCCUGAGCGUGGUGGGGACAAUCACCGGGGACGGACGGAUCGUGCUGGUCGAUGACUUGGCCUCGCCCGUGCCCGAGGGGGGGUCCCACGAGGGGCUCCCCACCCCCGUCAACCUGGAGCUGGAGUGGGUGCUGGGCAAGAUGCCCCAAAAGGAGUUCCACCUGUCCCAGACCCCCCUUCCCCGGCGCCCCCUGAGCCUCCCCCCGGCGCUGUCGGUGCGGGCGGCGCUCGAGAGGGUCCUGAGGCUGCCGGCGGUGGCCAGCAAGCGGUACCUGACCAACAAGGUGGACCGCUCGGUGACAGGCCUGGUGGCCCAGCAGCAGUGCGUGGGUCCCCUGCACACGCCGCUGGCCGACGUGGCCGUGGUGGCCCUGUCCCCGUUUGGGGACAGCGGCGCCGCCACCGCCAUCGGCGAGCAGCCAAUCAAGGGGCUGCUGGACCCCGCGGCCGGGGCGCGGCUGGCGCUGGCCGAGGCCAUCACCAACCUGGUGUUCGCGCGGGUGACACACCUCAAGGACGUGAAGUGCUCGGGCAAUUGGAUGUGGGGCUCCAAGCUGGGUGCCGAGGGCGGGGCCUUGGUGGCCGCGUGUGACGCGCUCGUGGUGGCCCUGCGGCACCUGGGCGUGGCCAUCGACGGCGGCAAGGACUCGCUGAGCAUGGCGGCACGAGUGGGGACCGACACCGUGAUGGCACCCGGUGCCCUGGUGAUCUCGGCCUACGCCGUGUGCCCGGACGUGACGGCCACCGUGACCCCUGACCUCAAAUGUCCCAACGACCGAGGGACCCUGCUGUGGGUGCAGCUGAACCCCGGGCGGCACCGGCUCGGCGGCUCCGCCCUCGCCCAGGUGUUCGCCCAGGUGGGCGACGAAAGCCCCGACCUGGACCGGCCCCAGAGCCUGGAGAGCGCCUUCAACGUCACCCAGGAGCUGCUCAAAGAGCGGGUGGUGACGGCCGGCCAUGACGUCAGUGACGGGGGCCUGCUGGGCUGCGUGCUGGAGAUGGCCUUCGCCGGGAACUGCGGCGUCACCGUCACCGCGCCCGCGCCGCCCGCCGGCGUCACACCGCUGGCGCUGCUCUUUGCCGAGGAGCCGGCCCUGCUGCUCGAGGUCCCGGCCGCCGCCGCUGUCCCCGUGUGCCGCCGCUACCAGGACGCCGGUGUCACCUGUGUCCCCAUCGGCCACAGCGGCCCCUACGGACCCCGCGCCAUGGUGACAGUGACCGUGGGUGGCCAGGAGGUGCUGGCCGAGCCCGUUGGUGCCCUCAGGGACGUUUGGGAGCAGACGAGUUUCCAGCUGGAGCGGCUCCAGGCCACCCCGGCCUGCGUGGAGCAGGAGCAGCAGGACCUGGGCACGCGCUGGGGACCCGAGUUCAGCGUGACCUUCGACCCCGACUACGUGGCACCGGUGGCGCGGAGCAUGGCGCUGCCGGGGCCGCGCGUGGCCGUGCUGAGGGAGGAGGGCAGCAACGGCGACCGCGAGAUGGCGGCGGCCUUCGCCAUGGCCGGCUUCCAGGUGUGGGAUUUGACCACCCAGGACCUUUGCUCGGGCUCGGCCUCGCUGGCCCCGUUCCGGGGUCUCGUUUUCGUCGGCGGCUUCAGCUACGGGGACGUGCUGGGAUCGGCCAAAGGCUGGGCCGCCUCCAUCCUCUUCAACCCCAGGGUUCGCUCGGAGCUCGAGCGCUUCCGGACACGGCCGGACACCUUCAGCCUGGGAGUGUGCAACGGCUGCCAGCUGAUGGCGCUGCUGGGCUGGGUGGGCACAGGUGAUCCCACGGCAGAUGCCGCCUCCCCGGGCCCGGCGGCGGCGGUGGCGCUGGAGCGGAACGUGUCGGGCCGGUUCGAGUCGCGGUUCGUCACCGUGCGCGUGGAGCCGGGGCCCGCCAUGAUGCUGCGCGGCAUGGAGGGGGCGCGGCUGGGAGUGUGGGUGGCGCACGGGGAAGGCCGUUUCCAGUUCCGGCCGCCCUCGGCGCUUGACCGCUGUGUCCGGUCCGGCCUGGCCGCUCUCCGUUACGUCGAUGACCGCGGCGAGCCCACCGAGCGCUACCCGCUGAACCCCAACGGCUCCGGCCGCGGCGUGGCCGCGCUGACCUCGCCCUGCGGCCGGCACCUGGCGGCCAUGCCGCACCCCGAGCGGUCAGUGCGGGCCUGGCACUGCCCCUGGCCCGGCCGGAGUGCGGCCGCAGAUGGCCGGAGCAAGGCCGGCAAUGGGCCGUGGCUGAGAAUGUUCCGGAACGCCCUCGAGUGGUGCCUGAGGUGGCCGGAGGGGGAGAAGUGACCACUGAGUGACCGAUGAGUGACCGAUGAGGGAUCAACCCCCUGUGACACUGAUCAACCUCCAGAAGAGACUGACCACUCACUGACCAUCACUGACCGCUGAGUGACCACUGACCAUUCACUGACCACCCCUCAGUGACCAUCACUGACCACUCACUGACCAUCACUGACCACCACUGACCACCCCUAUGUGACACUGACCAUCCACUGACCACCACUGACCACUCACUGACCAUCACUGACCACCCCUAUGUGACACUGACCACUCACUGACCAUCACUGACCACUCAGUGACCAUCACUGACCACUCACUGACCACUGAGUGACCGAUGAGGGAUCAACCCCCUGUGACACUGAUCAACCUCCAGAAGAGACUGACCACUCACUGACCAUCACUGACCACUCACUGACCAUCACUGACCAUGGCUGACCACCCACUGACCGCUGACUGACCACUGACCAUUCACUGACCACCCACUGACCAUGACUGACCACCUCCCUAUGACACUGACCAAGCCCCAGAAGAGACUGACCACUCAGUGACCAUCACUGACCAUCACUGACUACUGAGUGACCGAUGAGUGACCAUCACUGACCUCGCCCUGCGGCCGGCACCUGGCGGCCAUGCCGCACCCCGAGCGGUCAGUGCGGGCCUGGCACUGCCCCUGGCCCGGCCGGAGUGCGGCCGCAGAUGGCCGGAGCAAGGCCGGCAAUGGGCCCUGGCUGAGAAUGUUCCGGAACGCCCUCGAGUGGUGCCUGAGGUGGCCGGAGGGGGAGAAGUGACCGAUGAGUGAUCAAUGAGUGACCGAUG